GUAAACGUGCAUCUAAUGCUUACGAGACACUGGAAUAACGUUAACUGUUUUCAGGAUCUGCUGAACGACGCCGAAUCGUGCAGAAAUAAAAUGCAGACGGCCUCCGCUCUGAUCGACGGGCUGAGCGGGGAGAAAGUGCGCUGGACCGAGCAGAGCAGAGAGUUCACCUCACAGAUCAGCAGGCUGGUUGGAGACGUCCUGCAGCUGACCGGCUUCCUGUCCUACUGUGGUCCGUUCAACCAACAGUUCCGUAACAUGCUGCUGAAGGAGAUCUGGGAGGACGAGCUCACGAAGAAGAACAUUCCCUUCACUGAAAACCUGAACCUGAUCUCCAUGCUGGUGGACCAGCCCACAAUCAGCGAGUGGAAUCUGCAGGGCCUUCCGGGUGAUGACCUGUCGGUGCAGAACGGCAUCAUUGUCACCAAAGCUACCCGCUUCCCCCUCCUCAUCGACCCCCAGACUCAGGGCAAGGCUUGGAUCAAGAAGAAGGAGAAAGCCAACGAGCUCCAGGUCACGUCUCUGAAUCACAAGUACUUCCGCACCCAUCUGGAGGACAGCCUGUCCCUGGGUCGCCCUCUGCUCAUCGAGGAUGUACCCGAGGAGCUGGACCCAGCGCUGGAUAACGUGCUGGAGAAGAACUUCAUCAAGUCUGGAUCCUCCUACAAGGUUAAAGUCGGAGACAAAGAGAUCGACGUGAUGGACGGCUUCCAACUCUACAUCGCCACCAAGCUGCCCAACCCGUCCUACACGCCCGAGGUCUGUGCCAAAACCUCCAUCAUCGACUUCACCGUGACCAUGAAGGGCCUGGAGAACCAGCUGCUGGGCAGAGUCAUCCUGACCGAGAAAUACGAACUGGAGGCUGAGAGGCUGAAUCUGAUGCAGGACGUCACGGCCAACAAGAGGAAGAUGAAAGAGCUGGAGGAUAAUUUGCUUUACAAGCUCAGCACCACAAAAGGCUCUCUGGUCGACGACGAGUCCAUGAUCGGGAUCUUGAGAGUCACUAAGGAAACAGCAGCGGAGGUGAGCGAGAAGCUCAACGUGGCCACCGAGACGGAGACGAAGAUCCUCGCCGCUCAGGAGGAGUACCGUCCCGCGGCGUCCCGCGGCAGCAUCCUCUACUUCCUCAUCACAGAGAUGAGCAUGGUCAACGUCAUGUACCAGACCUCGCUCGCCCAGUUCCUCAGGAUCUUCGACCUCUCCAUGUCGAGGUCAGAAAAAACCCCCCUGACCCAGAAGCGCAUCGCUAACAUCAUCGACUGUCUGACGUACGAGGUGUUCAGAUACACGGUCCGAGGCCUGUACGAGAAUCACAAGUUCAUCUUCACUCUGCUGCUGGCUCUCAAGAUCGAUCUGCAGAAGGGCAACAUCAAGCACAGCGAGUUCCAGAUUCUUAUUAAAGGUGGUGCCGCCCUGGAUCUCAAAGCUUGUCCUCGUAAACCCUUCCGCUGGAUUCUGGACAUGACAUGGCUGAACCUGGUUGAGCUGAGCAAACUGCCCCAGUUCACCAACAUCAUGAGCCAGGUGUCCCGGAAUGAAAAGGGCUGGAAGGCGUGGUUCGAUAUGGACGCACCAGAGGACGCAGUGAUUCCCGAUGGUUAUAAUGAUUCACUGGAGAUCUUCCACAAAUUACUGCUUAUCAGAUCCUGGAGUCCAGAUCGCACGCUGUCUCAGGCCAGGAGCUACGUAGGGCACGCAUUGGGCGCGAGGUUCGCCCAGUCUGUUAUUCUCAAUCUGGAGGCAACGUGGGGGGAGAGCGACCCUCGUACCCCUCUGAUCUGCUUCCUCUCCAUGGGCUCGGAUCCAACCAACCAGAUAGAAGCUCUCUCCAAGAAACUCAGACUCGAAUGCAGAGCUAUAUCUAUGGGACAGGGACAGGAAGUGCAUGCGAGGAGGCUGGUGCAGAUGUCCAUCGCACAGGGAGGCUGGGUCCUGCUGCAGAACUGCCACCUGGGUCUGGAGUUCAUGGACGAGCUGCUGGACACCGUGAGCACAGUGGAGAACGUUCAUGAGAGCUUCAGGGUGUGGAUCACCACGGAGCCACACGACCGCUUCUCCAUCACGCUGCUGCAGUCCUCCAUCAAGUUCUCCAACGAUCCUCCUCAGGGAGUGAAAGCCGGACUGAAGCGAACGUUCGUCGGGAUCUCUCAGACUCAGCUGGACGUCAGCAACCUGCCCAUGUGGAAGCCGCUGCUGUACAGCGUCGCGUUCUUGCACACGGUGGUGCAGGAACGUCGCAAGUUCGGACCCCUGGGCUGGAAUAUUCCGUACGAGUUCAACUCGGCAGACUUCAGCUCCAGUGUGCAGUUCAUCCAGAACCAUUUGGAUGAGUGCAGUCCCAAAAAGGGCGUGUCGUGGGACACCGUGCGCUACAUGCUGGGAGAGGUGCAGUACGGAGGCAGAGUGACGGACGACUACGACAAACGACUUCUGAACUGUUUUGCACGAGUGUGGUUCGGCGACCGGCUGUUCGAGCCCUCGUUCUGCUUCUACACCGACUACAAUGUUCCCGUGUGUAAGACGGUGGAGGAAUACCUGGAGUAUAUUCACACUCUGCCCUACGUCGACACCCCUCAAGUGUUCGGUCUGCAUCCCAACGCUGAUAUCACGUAUCAGGGUAACACCUCAGCCGAAGUCCUGGACACCAUCACAAACAUCCAGCCUAAAGAGAGCGCCGGAGGUUCAGGAGAGACGCGAGAGUCGAUCGUCUACCGCCUCGCCCAGGACAUGCUGGAUAAACUCCCUCCCAACUACGUACCUCAUGAGGUGAAAGCCAGGCUGGUGAAAAUGGGAGCCCUGACCUCCAUGAACAUCUUCCUGAGGCAGGAGAUCGACCGCAUGCAGAGGGUCAUCAGCGUGGUCCGGACUAGCUUGAUCGAUCUCAAGUUGGCCAUUGAGGGCACCAUCAUCAUGAGUGAGAGCCUCAGGGACGCGCUGGACAACAUGUUCGACGCUCGAGUCCCAAACCUGUGGAAGAAGCUCUCCUGGGAGUCGUCCACCCUGGGGUUCUGGUUCACCGAGCUCCUGGAGAGAAACGCUCAGUUCCAUAGCUGGCUGUUCGAUGGGAGGCCCAAAACAUUCUGGAUGACCGGAUUCUUCAAUCCCCAGGGUUUCCUCACAGCGAUGAUGCAGGAGGUGACGAGGGCACACCGAGGCUGGGCGCUGGACACCGUCACUCUACACAACGAGGUGUUAAAGCAAACCAAGGAGGAGAUCACCACCGCACCCACGGAGGGCGUGUACGUGUACGGCCUCUAUCUGGACGGAGCCGGCUGGGACCGCAAGAACUGCUGUCUCGUCGAGGCCACGCCCAAAGUGCUGUUCACCCCUCUCCCCGUGGUGCACAUAUUCGCCAUCAACUCCACCGCCCCGAAAGACCCCAGACUGUACGUCUGCCCCGUCUACAAGAAACCCCGGCGCACCGACCUCACCUACAUCACCGGAAUCGUGCUGCGUACGGUGCAGCCCCCCGACCACUGGAUCCUGCGCGGUGUCGCCCUGCUGUGUGAUAUCAAAUAAUCGCACCAACACACACACACACUGACCCACACACGCGUUCCGUUUCUUUGUUCUUUAUUCAAUUCAGUUCAUGGAAAAAUAUUUUAAUUGUUAUUAAAAGGUUCAGGUUCUUGUUCAGCAUUAAAAAUAAAAAAAAUAUGAGUUUAUCUUCACUAAA